AUGGUGCAGGUCAACACCCCGUCCGCCGUCGAGGAACCCCUCACGAUGAAGCACUUCGAACCCCAGAUCGGCAUGAUGGCCCCUCGACCCAGCGCCCAGAACUGGCGCCGUGAAUGCGUCAAAAAAGUUCUCAAAGCCUACAAAAACAUCAAAUCCUCCAUGUCUCCCUCAACCCGACAGGAACUCUACACCUACAUUCGCCGCGGCGAAUGGAUCAGAAGCGCCCGCAACCCGUCCAACUACGCCCUGUUCCGCAGCCUCAAAGGCCUGAUACCUACCCGCGGACACGGGCGGUUGUAUUAUCCUCACCUUUUUGUCUGUCAUGCCAUCUGGGGGCCCGAGGAUUGGGUUGUCAGACUUCUCUAUGAGUUCUCUGCUCACUGGGGUGUCCUCUUCAAUAUGGACAAGCUCACGUACCCCAAGAUCGACGAUCCUAACAAGGAGUAUCUCCUCUUCCUCGGCAAGACCCCCGUCAAGUCUGAAGGUGGGAACCAGGCGUCCAUGUCUCGCAACACCCAUGCCAUGGACUCGGCUCCACGACAUGAUCGAGGUCCCCUCCCAUUGAGACCCUCUGGAGGCGCAGGUGCUCCCGCUGGCAAACAACCUUCGAAGCCGGCCCAGAACGCCCAGGCAACUGGCCAAGUCGCCAAACCAGCUCCACCGCAAAAGAACGAGGAUGAAAUCAAACAAGAGGCCAGCCGCGUCGAUGCCGCCAACCUGCCCAGUGUUGUCCAAGACGCAGUCAGACCCGACAGCGUCAACACAAACCAGGCGCACGCCCAGGCCCAACCGUGCCAAGCAAUGCAGGGAACUGCUUGA